AAUCUCAAGUGGAGAUCGGGGUUAGUCGUUGUUUCCGCUUUCCAAACUCGAAAUCGGAGAAGCUCUGCAAAAGAGGCGAGCAGAUUUCCGUGCGCAAAGGAACGCGCAAGCAUGGACACUCCUGGGAAAACUAUAAAAUGCAAGGCUGCUGUUGCCUGGGCAGUUGGGAAGCCACUCUCUAUUGAAGAGGUGGAAGUUGCCCCUCCAAAAGCUCACGAAGUUCGUGUUAAGGUAAUAGCCACAGGGAUAUGUGGAACUGACGACCAUGUUCUGACAGGCUCUUUCCCUAAAGUCAAUUAUCCUGUCAUUCCUGGGCACGAAGGAGCUGGAAUUGUAGAGAGCAUAGGUGAAGGAGUGACUUGUGUGAAGCCAGGAGACAAAGUUAUCCCUCUUUGUCUGCCUCAAUGCGGAGAAUGUGCCUCGUGCUUGAAACCUAACACCAACUGUUGCCUAAAAACCCACCUUCUUGAACCACAGAAUCUAAUGCCAGACAAAACCAGCCGAUUCACCUGCCAGGGGAAGUUAGUUCACCACUUCCUUUGGAUCAGCACUUUCUCAGAAUAUACAGUCAUGCCUGACUCAACCGUUGUUAAAAUUGAUGAUGAUGCCCCUCUGGAUAAAGUCUGUCUUUUCGGCUGUGGAUUUUCCACCGGCUAUGGAGCUGCCCUCAAUACAGCUCAGGUCACGCCAGGUUCCUCCUGUGCUGUCUUUGGUUUGGGAGGAGUUGGUCUUUCUGUGGUCAUGGGAUGCAAAGCAGCUGGAGCUUCGCAGAUCAUUGGGAUCGACAUUAACAAAGACAAAUUUGUAGCAGCGAAAGAACUGGGAGCCACAGAAUGCCUUAACCCUCUGGAUUACAAGAAGCCAAUUCAGGAAGUGCUGGUUGAAAUGACAGGUCAUGGUGUUGACUAUGCAUUUGAGGUUGUUGGGUGUUUGGAUACGUUGACAGCUGCUCUAGCGUCCUGUCACAUGGGCUGCGGAGUCUGCGUGAUGGUUGGUGUGCCUCCUUUAGGCUCUAGGCUCUCCUUCGAUCCUAUGCUGCUUUUUACAGGACGCACUUUGAAAGGGAGCUUCAUUGGAGGAUGGAAGAUGAAAGAUUCUAUCCCUCAGCUGGUAUCCAGUUACAUGGAGGAGAAGUUUAAGCCAGAUAUUUUAAUAACCCACACCUUGCCAUUCAGCAAGAUCAGCGAAGGAUUCGAUUUGCUUCAUGCAGGGAAGAGCAUUCGCAUUGUCUUGGUGUUUUGAGUUGCUGGCUUGCUGAAGCUUCCCAAAUGCCUUCAGUCUGGAACAUCUCACAAAGAAUUCUCUCUCCUCCAAAUGUGGUUGCUUUUUAAAAACAAACAAAAACAAAUACACUAUAAAAAUUGCUGCCAAAUGACAUGAAGUGCGUUU